CCUGCCAGGAAACAGAGGAAGCCGCCCGCCCCAUCGGAGGUGUUUCAGCCUGGGCUCAGAACAGGAGAGUGGAGAGCCUCACAUCUGGCUUUCCCUUGUGCCAACGCAUUAAAGGCCACCAAGGUGCUUCAGGGACAGGAGGCCGCAUGUGAAAACAGAAGAAUGAAUGCAUAAAUGAAAGAAAGGCCCAGACAAAUGAAUGAGGUCCAUUGGAUUUAAGUUGUGAAUUCUCACUGGACACCAGGAAAUGUGGACAUGUCGGUUGGGAGAUAAGAAGACUGCAGCCAAAAGAAGGACCAUGGCUUUGGAUGGUGGAGUCCAGGCUGAGGAGCCUCUCUGGAUGUAGGAAGCGCAGUCGGGCAGCCAUGGAGUGGGACAAUGGUACAGGCCAGGCCCUGGGCUCCCCGCCCACCACCUGUGUCUACCAAGAGAACUUCAAGAGACUGCUCCUGCCACCCGUGUACUCAGUGGUGCUGGCAGCUGGCCUGCCCCUGAACGCCUGUGUCAUUGCCCAGAUCUGCACCUCCCGCCGGGCCCUGACCCGCACAGCCGUGUACACCCUGAACUUGGCCCUGGCUGACCUGCUCUAUGCCUGCUCCCUGCCCCUGCUCAUCUACAACUACGCCCAGGGGGACCACUGGCCCUUUGGCGACCUCGCCUGUCGCCUGGUCCGCUUCCUCUUUUAUGCCAACCUCCAUGGCAGCAUACUCUUCCUCACCUGCAUCAGUUUCCAGCGCUACCUGGGCAUCUGCUACCCGCUGGCCCCCUGGCACAAGCGUGGGGGCCGCCGCGCAGCCUGGCUGGUGUGCGGGGCCGUGUGGCUGGCCGUGACAACCCAGUGCCUGCCCACAGCCCUCUUCGCCGCCACCGGCAUCCAGCGUAACCGCACCGUCUGCUACGACUUGAGCCCACCGGCCCUGGCCGCCCGCUAUAUGCCCUAUGGCAUGGCCCUCACCGUCAUCGGCUUCCUGCUGCCCUUCAUCGCCCUGCUGGCCUGCUACUGCUGCCUGGCCCGCCGUCUGUGCCGCCAGGACGGCCCAGUGGGGCCAGUGGCCCGGGAACGGCGCGGCAAGGCGGCCCGCAUGGCCCUGGUGGUGGCAGCUGCCUUUGCCAUUAGCUUCCUGCCCUUCCACAUCACCAAGACCGCCUACCUGGCAGUGCGCUCCACAGCCGGUGUCCCCUGCCCCGUGCUGGAGGCCUUUGCUGCUGCCUACAAGGGCACGCGGCCUUUUGCCAGCGCCAACAGCGUGCUGGACCCCAUCCUCUUCUACUUCACUCAGAAGAAGUUCCGCCGGCGGCCACAUGAGCUGCUCCAGAAACUCACAGCCACGUGGCAGCGACAGGGUCACUGAGUCUGCUGGGGCGGGACACCUGGGGCCUGGGCACCAGAAGCCCUUCCAACCCCAAACCAGGCAGAGAAUUAGAGCUUAGCUCAGCUGGGCAGGGAGUGAGGUCCCCCACAGACUACAG